AAAUUCUAUUUCUGAAUUGGUUUUGGAUGGUAAAGUGAAAUAGAAAUUUCUAAUAAAAAUUAAUUAAACUACGAAUACGAGAGGUAAAAACUAAAGUACACUGGAACGGUCAUCGUUCAUUUUGUGUUGAUUGACCUUUGUAAAUUAAAAAUAUAGGAUGUGUUAUUAUUUGUACACAAUUAAAUCGUUUCACUAUGCGUAACCGCAAUUUAUAAAUGCAGUCCGUGGGUAAUUUUCGAAACCUCAGAAGAUGCUUUAGAGGAAGCGAAGUCAUCACUAUUGAAGAAAUCUUGUAAAUUGAUUUUGCGGAAAUAUUCUCAAUAAAAAUAAACAAUGCCAGAACAAAGCAACGAUUACCGAGUUGUUGUAUUUGGUGCAGGCGGUGUUGGAAAGAGUUCUUUGGUUUUGCGCUUCGUAAAGGGAACAUUCAGAGAAUCGUACAUACCGACUAUUGAGGAUACUUACAGACAAGUUAUAAGCAGCAACAAAACAAUAUGCACUCUACAGAUCACAGAUACUACUGGAUCCCAUCAGUUUCCAGCUAUGCAGAGAUUAUCAAUAAGCAAGGGUCAUGCAUUUAUACUAGUGUAUUCAGUGAGCAGUCGACAAUCAUUGGAAGAGCUGAAACCAAUAUGGCAAACAAUUAAAGAAAUCAAAGGCGCAGAACUAUCAAACAUCCCAGUAAUGCUAGCUGGUAACAAGUGUGAUGAAAGCCCUGAGAUCCGAGAAGUAUCUGCUGCCGAGGGUCAGGCUCAGGCACAAACUUGGGGAGUAUCCUUCAUGGAGACUUCGGCAAAAACCAAUCACAAUGUUACACAGCUAUUCCAGGAGCUUUUGAAUAUGGAAAAGAACAGAAAUGUUUCCUUGCAAGUGGAUGGAAAGGGCAAGAAGAAAAAGGAUAAGGUUGUAAAGGAUGGAGGAGAAGCAUCUGCCAGUGGAAGGGAGAAAUGCCUUGUCAUGUAAUAAUUAUAAUUUAUUAUCCCACCAAUUUGUAGUGUCAAGUAAUAAACAACAUGGCGUAAACUAUGACAAUAUAAUUAUGAUGUUCUGAAUGAAAUAGCUUAGAUAUAAGGUGUAAACAUUAAUUUAUUUUUAUCUUGACGACAUUGUAGUACAAUUAAUACUGGCAAGUCAGGCCUAUUUCAUGGCCUUUAUUAUCAGAAGUAUGCCAACUUAUCAUGUAGUUAGUUCUAAUAACAUAAUAAUUUAACUUGAUUGAAGUAAAGACUCAAAAAAAAUAUUGCCAAGAUAACAGUAUUACAGUGUAAAAAUUUAAUGCAACAGUGUUAAAAUAAGUUCAAAAGGUUUAUUAAUUAAAUUAAUAAUAUGAAAUUAGUUUGCAAAGCUGCAAAUGGUUUUUUAUAUUGUUUAUUAAUAUGGCUUAAUGAAUUAUGUUAUUCAUAAUAAAAUUAAUUUUAGGUCCACUUUACAUUGAAGAAAAUUGAGGUUUACGUAAAUCUUUCUGUUUAUAAAUAUGGGGUAAAGAGUUACACUUUGUUUUUAUAUUUGCGCCUAAUGUUGGUUAUUACUUGCGCUGAAGUAAAUUAUACUGUAAUUUUGAUUCUAGUCAUGAAAUUCAAUAUUCCAAAGGACUUGUGUGAUGUUUUGUAUUGCAUUUUUAAUUAAGUAUUUUUAUUAUUAUUACUACUACGCCUAUUAAAGUAUUGUUUCUAUCGUGAUUGAUCUUAAAAUCAGUAGUCAUUAUUCGUCAAAAUGUAUAUUUUGCUAAAGAAUAAGAAUGACUUUAUUUACACUAGUUGCAUAUUACAUAAAUUAAAAUUAAUAAUAAUGACUGACAUGACUUGUGAGGCUUGAUGCAGAUCACCAGUGGCUAAAUCUUGAAAAUUAUCAAGUAAUUACAUUUUAGUAAUUAGACAUCUGACACUAGUCACUAACUAUGGUCCUCACAAAAAGGCUCAUAGUCACUCAGCGAGCGAUGGAUCGAGCUAUG